AUGCCGCCUCUACUCAAACAUGACACUGACAGCAGGUCAUCGUCUUCACAUUCACCACCGUCACCUAUCAACGCGACCAAGCAACGUCGAUUGAAUAGUCUGCAUCUCGCUGACAUUGCUGUUGAUCUCGGCUUCCCACCCUCAUCGCGUCGAGACAAAAAGGACCAAAAGCCUCGUCGAUUCUAUACGCCACAUCAUUCAUAUUUCUUUUAUUAUCAACAACGUUGGAAAUGGUGGUUACUUCUAUUGGCUGUCGUCUUCUUUACUACAUUUGCUGUAUUCUCCUUGACACCGCUGCAGGAAGAGCCACAGCGAAACCAGCUGCUUUUGUAUCGGAUUAUCGGCAAUGACCUGCCGCCGCGUCACAAAGAGGGCCAGACCCUCUCCAAUCUACAUUUUAUUCUGGAGCACGAGCCGUCAUUUCCCAAUACACGCAAGAUGUUCUUAUUGAAUCGGAUUUCUGAUCCAGCAAGUGAAAGAGCCAUCAUCGACCUUUUGGAGCGUUACCAUGCAGAGUACAUGCGUAUCCCAUUCGAUGAAGAAGAAUACAAGCAAAUCGACUUUCGACUUGAAGACUUUUCUGAACCUGAUUUCUUACAUUCGGAUGACUAUCGCCGAUUCUCCAAGGUUGCCAAACUACGUACGCUGGAUUAUACCUAUCAUGAUAAGAACCUUUACGCCAUGAAUAAUAAUGGAGGACGUAAUCGAGCAAUUCAACAUGGCAAAAGCAUUCAUAAUGCACGAUGGAUUAUGCCAUUUGAUGGAAACUGUUAUUUGACACCCAACGCUUUCAAUGAGAUCAAGACGCAACUCGAUCGAUUUGGAUCUGAUACCAAGUAUUUCAUCGUUCCUAUGAUUCGUCUCCUCAACAACUCGGUACUAUUGGACAACAUGGAUCAGAGACCAAAGGCACAUGAGGAGCCACAGAUCAUUUUCAGAUAUGAUGCAACAGAAGAAUACAAUCUCAACAUGCGUUAUGGAAGACGUAGCAAGUUGGAGCUCUUGUUUCGCUUGGGAGCACUUGAGAAUCGACGACUGAAUCGACCCACAGUUGCUUGGGAACCAAAGGAACGAGCCUAUAGUCAAGAUAAGGGCAACUUUCGAACGAUUGGAUGGGUGUUUCGAUUAUUCUCGGGCAAUCCUCAACAAGAAGAAAGCAAAAAGGAAGCAUCAUCUAUUCGUGCCUUCAAUCGAUUAUUGGCGAUUCAAUCAUCAUUGGAUGGGUUGGAUGAAAGCAUUGCACGGCAAACCUUCCGGCAUGAUCGACUCUUUUUGUACAACGAGACAAGUAUGGCUAGUAUACGCCAUGCCUAUUGGAGUAAAGGCGACGACAGCAUUGCAGCAACUAUGGACAUAUUGGAAAGGAGAGCAGAGAACAUGUUACAAGCAGCUACUGAUCGCUUAACAACACCUGAAACUUCUGCAACUGAAGCACCAUCCAUUACUCAAGCUGCAUACGCCGAUCAACCCGAACUAGGAGAAUUAGCGCAAAACAUUACAACCUUGACAUUGGCUCAUUAUUUCCUUGGCAAUGAAAAGUAUGGAAGAUGGGCAGCCAAUUUGGUGCGUGUCUACUUUUUGAACGACUACGUAUUGCACGAGGAUGAUGUGGAUGAAUACAGCUCUGCACGGAUGAUACCCGACAGCACCCAUUUACUCGACUUUUUAUCCGAUCAAGGCUAUUCUUUUCCAAGUUUAAGUCGCUCAUCACGUACAGCACCCAACACGCCAAGCCCCAAACAACAGCGUCUUAUCUUCAAUGCAUCCCACCUCACUCGGACCGACACAACAGCAGUUUUGGAUGCUAUGCGACUCUUGCGACGUUCACAAAUGCUCACCCAUCGAGAAUACUUGGAUCUUCAAGGAUUAUUGGCUCAAGUGCUUGAAUACUUGAUUACUAUUCCAACGGGUAUUCACCUUGCUCAAAUGACCGAUCAUCGUGGAGUGCUAUACGAUUUACAGGUGACAGCUCUUGCAGCAUUUACAGAUGACGUACGCUUGUUGCUUCGUGUUGCCAAUCGAUGUCGUAUGCGUAUCGGCAAACAAUUCAUGGCUGAUGGAUCACAACCCUAUCAAAUCGCUUCAGCACAACGAUUCGCCCAACAGCAACAACAACAAGAUAAAGACGAGGACUCAUUGAUUGCACAAUACGAGACACUCAAUCUACACUAUUGGACAAUGUUGGCACGUGGUAUCCAAAACACUGGUAUUGCCAAGGACAUUUGGCACUACACAGCCAAAAAUGAAGGUCGCAUCUCACAUGCAGUGGCAACUCAUCUCAAGAAACACUCGGCUUCAGCUUCUUUGGCACCCCUUGCCCAUAUGGCACAUGCAGCGUUUCAAUACAGUGGACCAGAGAAAUCACGCGCUGACUGGCACUGGAUGAUGAAUUACCAUGCAAGCUCCCAAGUACAUGACGAUGAUUCAGUCAUUUAUCUUUUAACCUAA